CCCGAUCUGGGUAUAUAUAUUAGGUCAUGUCUCUUCUGGUGACGUCAGGACUGAUAUGCCAAGUAUUGCAGACAAACAACAUAUUUAAAUUUACCGGCAUCAAUAAUGUUGAUCAGAUAAUCCACAGUAACAUCUCAACUCAGAGACUUCAAGUUAAAUCAUGGACAGAUAUUUUCACAACCCUCCAUCAACCUCAACGUCCAACCCUGACCCCGAGACAUCCUCCUCCCUUCGUCCUGACCCCUCGGCGUCGACCCCCAGCCUACAGAAGACCUUGAUCUCUCUAAGACUUGACCCCUCAUCUUCAACUCCAACACUACAAAAAACAACAAAACGCCAAAGCCGGUUCAAAGGUGAAACCUCGGAUACACCUGUUACAAAGAAGAAGAAAACCACCCAAACACAGCUCACCUUGUUUAGGGCCGACGACAACAGCGUAGUGCUCACCUACGAGAAACCUUCUCAGGAGAUCACCAACCGGAAGUGUAAACAUUGCGACCGGUUCAUUUCCUGUCUGAAAGACACAACAAGCGGCCUUGAACUUGAUAAAUGUUUAUCGAAGUGGAAAGUCGUCCAGUCAAAAAGUUUGAACAAAUUUUAUCUGCUCUCUAGAAGAGAGGAAUUUGGACCUGUGUAUAGCAUCAGCAAAAAGGCCCUAUACCGACUGUCGAAUCAGGUGUUUGACGACUGGUUCCGGGACGACCUGACCCAACCUUGCCCUACGCCAAAGUGUGUCAAGGACAAAAUGUACAAGACCUUUCCAUUUGAUGAUUAAAUGUAAAGUGAUUAAAUAUUUUUAUAUUUAAAUUUAUAAGAUUUACAUAUUUUGAUGACCACAUGUAUAUGAUGCGUAAGAAUUUACCAUUUAAUGCUCAAAUUUCCAUGUAGUUGAUUAUUUGCUGUUUCUCAAAUGAUUAAUAAUUUUAAAAUCUGAUUACAUUAUAAUCGCUUUUAUUUUAAAACGAAUUACAAAUAAAAAAUGUAUUUCAUGCUUAAUUGAAUAAUAAAAUGUAUUAUUGGAAAAAUAGUUUAAAAUAUUGUAUCAUGUGAUUUUAAGAUGUCAAAUGUUUUUGCAGCUCUAAAAGUUGUAUUUUAAUCUUGGAUGAAAAUAUUUUAACAUUAUGUUGAAGAAAAUAUGUUUAU